GGUCGGGGGGGGGCGGGCAGGGCCGGCCGGCGGCGCGCUCGGGGCCGCGCGCGUGUGGGGGCGGCGCGCCGCCAUCGCCCCCGGCCCCGCCAUGGCCCUCAAGGCCGAGGGCGCCGCGCUCGACUGCUUCGAGGUGACGCUGAAAUGUGAGGAGGACGAGGACGAGGCCAUGGUGGUGGCCGUGAUCCCGCGGCCCGAGCCCGUGCUCAGCGUGGCCCCGCAGGAGAAGCCUCCACUGCCCAGGGCUGGCCCGCCAGAGGCAGCUGACGUCUGUGAGGAGCCCAAGGAGCAGAUGCCCUGGGAGCAGGAGUUCUUGGUGGGGAAUAGUCCGGGAGGCAGUGGGCAGGCCCUGUGCAUGGUGUGCGGCGCCGUCAUCUGGGCCCCGUCAGCGGACACGGCCCGUGCACACAUCCUGGACCAGCACCCUCACACCCUGGACCUGAGCCGGGCCGAGAAGAGCAACAUCCUGGAGGCCUGGAGCGAGGGGGUGGCCCUCUUGCAGGACAUCAGAGCUGAGCAGCCCAGCUCGCCUAACCCAGACCUGGGCCCCGACAGCGACCCUGACUCCGGGCUCGACCCCACCAAGAUGCCAGCGGAGAUCGUGGUUCUCCUGGAUUCAGAGGACAAUGCAGUCCUGCCCAGACGGGUCCGGCCCAGGGGACUCCGCCCUCUCGAGCUCCUGGCACCCCCUGCUGAGCCCCCUGCUGAGCCCGGGACCAGGAAGCCCCGAGGGCAGAGAUGGAAGGAGGUCCCCGUGGAGGAACCAGCCCGGAAGAAAAGAGGCCGGUCUGUGAGCAAAAUGCUGGACCUGAACCCUGACCCUGACCCUGACCCAGACCAGCUCUCGCCAGACUCCCCCACAGAGGCGUUUGCCGCACCCGUGGAAGUCCGCCACUUUACCGAUGGCACCUUCCCCCCGGGCUUCGUCCUUCAGCUCUUCUCCCACACGCACCUCAGGGCCUCCGUCAGCAAGAGCCAGCCCAAAGAGGAGGAGGGCGCGCCAGCACCAGAACCGCUGCCCAGAGACAAGCCAGAGGCUGGAACAGGAGAGGCAGACACAGCUCAUCCCCAGAGAAGCAGCUGUCCCACUCAUCGCAUCCAGCAGAGCAGGCGACCUGUUAUCUGGGCCCACGCCACACCAGUUGGCUCUCAGGAAGAUCAGGUGACUUCUGUGAGGCUGAGCCUGGUGGUCUGAACCUUGUGCCUUCUGGUUAUUUUGGUUGGUUUUGGUUUGGUUUGGGGCCACACCUGGUAGUGCUCAGGGUUGAUUCCUGGUGGGGCUCAGGUGACCCUGUGGGGUGCCAGGAAUCGAAUCAGGCUUGGCUGCAUGUAUGCCAAGUGCUUUCCCCACUGUCUUAGCUCUCUGGCCCCUCUCUGCUCCCUCGGUGUUCUUGUUCAUUCACACCCUCACGAGGCUGAUCUCUUUGUUAUCUUUGUUUUGUUUUGUUUUUGGGUCACACCCGGCAAUGCACAGGGGUUAUUCCUGGCUUUGCCCUCAGGAAUUACUCCUGGCAGUGCUCAGGGGACCAUAUGGGAUACUGGGAAUCAAAUCUGGGUCAGCCAUGUGCAAGGCAAAGGCCCUACCCGCUGUGCUAUAGCUCCAGCCCCUCUUUGUUAUCUUUCUCCAUGUUUCUGUUCUGUUUUGGGGCCACACCCAGCAGUGCAGUGCUCAGCUUACUCCUGGCUCUGUGUUCAUGGAUCACUCCUGAUGGGGUUUGGGUGACCCCGUGGGAUGCUGGGGAUCAGACAAGGCAAGCACCUCCCCGCUAUGCGAUCGCUCUGGUGCCGCUUCCCUUUUGGAGAAGGUCGGCAGUUCUCCUGGGGGAGGCCGCGUGUUUGUCUUGUGCUGACUGAUCCCCCCAGCACUGACACAGUGGGUGCUGCUCGAGGAUUUGGGGAGCGAGUGGCUGAAUGAACGCCCGCCCAACCGCGCGUCUGGGUCUGCACUCACCUCCACAAUCCUAUUUCAGUACCAGUCAGUUGCUCAUAACCCCCCACCUCUUGUCCUUAGUCCUCUAACCUGGGCCUCUCGGCUCCAGCCUCUCUCCCCGUUGUCCUUCUGACUGCGUUGUGUGGUUGUUUGAAACCCAGACUGAGCCCCCAGUCUCUCGCCUCACCCCAGCCCCUCUGCUCCUCCCUUCUCCCCUCCCUUUCUGGAACUCCCGGGUCUGCCUGUGCUAUGCCCCUGUCCUCCUUUUCCUCGAACCCCACAUCUUCUUGGCCAAAGUGUGUUCAGAUCCACAUUCCUGUCACACCCUCCCCUGUGGCUGAUCCAAGACAGCUCUGCUCGUUUCUGGAACAAUCUGGAACAAACCUGGAGCUAAUCUUUGGGC